AUGUCUGACUCCGAAUAUUCAGAUUUAGACCAUGAAAGUGAAUUUGAGGUGUGCUGUUCAAGAGGAGCUCGAUCAUGUGGCAUCACGGGCGCAUGUACUUUACCCUUUGAUCCUACAUCCAUAGAAAAUCUCAUCCUGUCCGUCACCGAUAUGUUCGAUUUCCGCGUGUUAAUGAGUGACAAGAAAGUUCAAGGCGCUGUCCUGGUCACCACGGGGCUGUCGAUCGCUGGAGCACUAAUCGGAAAGCAUUAUGGCGGGAAAGUUGGCGCUGCCGUAGGUGGUGCUGUAGGCGGUGCUUGUGGGCUUGGAGUAGUUGCUCACACUAUGCGAGAGAUUUGGCAGGACGUAAAAGGAAAGCUUGCGGAGUUAUUUGACAUAGUUUACGACUAUCUAGCCGGUCUAGGUUUCGAAGACUAUCGCAACGCAGGCAAAUUUAUAAUGCAAAACAGCAGCAACAGUGCGCAAUUAGGAAUGCUCAUACUUCAGUUUACAUCUGAUGCUUUGGGGAAAAAGAUAAUAUCGAAUCUUAGUGCCAGCAUCUGA